AUGGCUUAUCAGGAUACAGUUGGGGAGCAGCUGCGUUGGUUACUCUUUAUAGAUAUCUCAGAGAUGCUUCCAUGUUCAGUUGUUAGCAGCUUGGUGGUUAUCCGACUCUCCUACAUUGCUGGAUUCAUGAGUAUUUUCCAACACUUGGAAAAAGAGGAGAGAACUGGAUACCAGUUAAUAAUGUGGGUCUCCCUCGAGCGAUGA